AUCUAUAAUAAGAUGCCAAUUAUUACAUCAAACAUGGCUCAAUAAAACUUUUCAGUAUAAUUCACAAAAAUAAACUUGAAUGUUUCACUCGCGUUCAACGAUUCCAGAGUUUUCUUACUCUUCCUUUUUGUUAUUUAAAAAAAAAAACCAUGAGCCAUCAUAACUCACCGUAUUCGCAGAGAAAAAAGAUUCCCAAAAAUCCACAUCUGUCUCUACACAAUAACUAUGACAAGUUGAAAAAAGUUACCUCGACGACUUCCUCGGACGAAAUUACGGAGGUGCAGCAUGAAAUUCAAAAUGGCGGAGAGACGGUAGAAUCAACGAAUCUUCAAUCGAAUAUGAUCCAGAGCGCGGGGGUCAAUCAUUUUCUACGCCAGUACAGAAAUUUUUUGAAGCACGAUGAAUAUUUUCUCUUAUCGAGUUCUCGUUCACAGAUCAUUGGCUUUACUUCGAACGAGAAAAAUAAACAUCAUACCAAUAAUGCGGGGAAAACAGCAGAAAUUCCGACGCCACAAUUGUUGUUGGCAGCUAAUUGCAGCGCACUGGAAGAAGGAAGCGGUUUGAUGGGAGUCCUUAGCAAGAAGUUGUACCUUGCCGAAAGUCAGAUGCAUCGAAUGCAGGUGAUAAUGUCAAAAGCGGACGCAAAGCUGACUGAAAAAGAUGCUGAAAUCAGUCGACUUAAGCGAAAGGUCAGAGACUGGGAAAUGAAAUUCAAAAGCCAGGAGAACGUACAUAAGAAAGAAAUUCGGAAAGAACGAAAGCAGGUUGAAGAUUCGGAAUACCUUUACAAACGUUGUUUGAUGCUCGAACAUCAAAUUUAUGAAAUGGAGAAAUUCUUGGCUGACUAUGGACUGGUAUGGAUAGGGAACGAUAAUAAAACUCACAAGUCAAGCUGCAAUGAACAAAAAUUGAAUAAUGACUACUUGAAGACCUGUUAUAAGCAGCUGAUUGCGAAUAUCGAAAAGUUGAACCUGACGCUUGGCGAAGGUGAGGUUCAUGUUCAUCACGAAAAAGAAGGGAUAGGAGCAUCAUUCAAGACGUCCUCCAGCAUGUCUCUAAAAUUCUACAAGAAUGGUCUGGUCGUACAAAAUGGCUGCAUACGACCCUACGAAGACGCAGGAGUCGCUUGUUUCGUACGGGAUAUUCUUGACGGCUAUUUUCCCACCGAACUUCAAAAACUCUACCCAAAUGGAGUUCCCUUCAAAGUCGAAGACCGCAGAACAGAAGUCUUUCGGGGUCCCGGUAGCGUAUUUGCGGGACAGGGUCAUCGACUGGGAAAAUCAAUCCCGGGGGAAACCGUUUCCCCGGAGGGGAAUAGAAAUAGAACAUCAUCUAAUCUCCAAAGGCAAAAUUUUUGCAGUCCUAAACCGACCGUUCCACCGUUAUUUUUUGCUUGUAACUCAAUUAGGUCACCUAAAUCAAAAAGUUCACAGGAAACACAAUCUUCUGAGAUGAUGCAGCUACGGUCCCAAAUUUUAGCAUCCCACAAUAAUAAUUGCUCAGAGUCCCAUAUACAGUCUCACAUAAAUGCAGAUCUCGGUUUGACGCCUCGCAUGGAGAAGGUGAAUAUCAUUUUUCAUUUUCAUUUCUUCUCACGAAUACCCCAUGUUCUCUCUUGUUCUUUAUAUCAGAAGCGCGAAUUGGCAACUAAAGAAACGGAAUUCAAAAUCUCUGUUAGAGACCAAACGUUCAAGAUAAAACACGAUAAUCGCGUUGGAUCCCGAAGAUUCUGUUCAAAUUCUGGAAUUAGUAAAAACAAUUCGACGGAGCGAUCUUCGGGCCGAUAUUCCCACGGUCGCUUGGAAAGCACAUGCAGCGAUAAUCGAAGAUCUUAUUCAAGAUCUACAAGUUUACCAGGCCGUAAAUUGAAAAUCCGAUCCCUAUCGAAGCUCAGAACUCUGUCGGGUAAAGCUGCAGGCACUUCUGAUUGUGAAACUAUCUCGAAUAUGGGAGUAAAAAGACCACGAGUAACGAAGUCUGCAACGCUGCAGGAUAGGAAAUUUGCGGAGCCGCUUUCUUAUCAGAUAAAUGAGCCGACCGGUAAACCCGGAGAAUUGAAACUGAAAGUUAGGUCACUGAAUGGCUGCAUGGUUUUCCUGGUGCAUCUCGAUCCAGACGAUACUGUUGCCAGACUCUAUCAAUUGUUGGACACGUGCGUGUUCAAAAACAGGUCAAGAAUCGGGUACAAGGUGGUAAUAAGCGGGUACACGCCGAAGAGAUUAGUCCAGUUAGGCGUGUCUUUAAGAGAAUAUGGAAUUCUAAGGGACAGCGUACUCCACAUUGUUAACGAUUGAUAGCGAUGGAAGAAUCAG